CCUCUCCACACUCCCGCGCGGAUCACGGCGUGAAAUCGCGGCGCGAAUCGCGGUGCGAAACCCGAAAAGUGUUCUACAGUUCCACACUCGCAGAUGUUCGCGCCUGCUUCACAGUAUAGUUCGCGCUUGAGACGAGUAUGGACGGUGAAAUUGCUACUGCUGCUGCUGGGCUACUUUGCGCUUUGGCAAUUUAUAAUUACGCCGAUAUAAGUAAAAGAAUAACAAUUAAGAAGAAGUGGAGAAAACGAAGAUGGUGGAUCACCACCAUCCACCGAAAUAGAACCAGUGCUGUUAUGGAGAAGCAAAUAGAUGAAUUAGUUGCUGAACCUUCCGGUGAAUUCAAAAAGUUUUCCCGGAUGUCGUUAAAUGAUUUUGAAUACUUACUAAAUCAAAUUUCAUCCCAAAUUUCAAAACAAGACACCCAAUUAAGAAAAGCUAUUCCUGCCCAGAUACGUCUUGCUAUAACAUUGCGAUACUUAGCCACAGGAGAUAGCUAUGAAAGCCUUCAUUUUUUGUUCAAAAUAUCACCACAAAUAAUAUCAGAAAUUAUUCCAGAAGUUUGUCUAGCCCUAUGUCAGGCAUUGAAGGAUGAAAUAAGAAUACCGUCUUGUCCGGAAGAAUGGCUUUGUAUUGAGAAAGGAUUUGCAAGGAAGUUUCCUCGAGCAAUAGGAUCAAUAGAUGGCAAACAUAUUGUUCUCGACUGUCCGUUCAAUUGUGGCUCUGAAUACUAUAAUUAUAAAAGAACCUACAGUAUAGUAUUAUUGGCAUUAGUUGAUAGUCAGUACAACUUCAUAUUUGCUGACAUUGGCUGCCAAGGCAGAAUAAGUGACGGUGGAGUUUUCACCAAUACUUUGUUAUGGAACAAGAUAUGCACGAAUAGCUCAAUUUACCACCGCCGCAUCCUUUGCCCGGUUCAAAUAUUGAUGUUCCAUACAUUUUUUUGGGAGAUGGAGCCUUUGCACUUUCAGAACACUUAAUGAAGCCCUAUCUUGGUCAGCACAACAUAGGAUCAGAAAAACGUGAAUUUAACAAGAGAUUAUCUUCAGCUCGAGUGGUGGUGGAAAAUACUUUUGGUAUGAUGACUGCCUGAUUUAGAGUGUUUAGAAAGCCGAUUCCAUUACAAUCAGAAAAAGCUACCCUUAUAACAAUGACUUGUAUAUUACUACAUAAUUUCUUGAGACGAAGCUCCACUUCUUCGUGUAUCUAUACACCACCCGGAUUUAUUGACAUUUAUGAUGAUGAUUCAGUACUUAUACAACCUGGAUCAUGGAGGAAAGAACAAGAAAAAACUUGUGCUAUCCGUAACUUGAGGAACGUAGCUCGGCGAUCACCAAAAGAUGCCACAGAAAUAAGAAACGAAUUCACCAAAUAUCUAAGUAAUGUUUAAGUACUUUAUUAAUAAAACAUAUAGCUCACUUACCGUGUCAACAUUAUUUUUACACUUGAGGGUACCUCCCAAAAACUCAUCCAUAGUUUCAUAAGCGAACCAAAUAGGCUGAUAUAUAUCAUCGGCACCAGCUCCCGAUUGAAUAGACUUUUUGACUUUGUUCUUAUAACUCCUAUAACUUGACAUUAAAGAAUCUUUUUCUUUCUCAAUUCAUCCACUGGGAUUUCCAUCACUGAGCUUAUCCGCAUCCAUGCAUCAUGAGUUUUAAAUUUAUUCCUAUAGUCUUUUAUCUUAGUGUCCCACAGUACCGGUUCAGCACGAAAAUAUUCCAAAAAUGAUAGUUCCAAUUGGUUACUCCAGUUAAAACUCAUUUUUCACGACAAAUCGAAAAUUCGUAUCCAUAAAGAAAAACACAACCACUGCCGUCACUCGCUAUGAGGCAACUGAGCCACCAGCGAAUGAGGAGCCUAGUCAUGUUCGCAAUAUGUUAGCGCCUUGCGAACCCUUUGUCGCGGGACGAAAAACCGACAGCAAACGGGAACGACGCGCGAACGCGACGUGAAGCCGCGAAGAAUACGCGAAUGGGUUCCACACUCAUGGGUCGCAGGUAGUUCGCGGCUUCGCGCGGGAGUCUGGAGAGGGUAUUAGGCCAGAUGCAA